GUGCAAGUAGCAGACAUGCUUUGUGAAGUCAAGUUGUUGAGCAUGAUCUAUGGACAAGCAGAGGAAUUGGACCUACCAUGUCCUGAGAGGCAGGAGGAUGUUGCCAGGCCAGCGUCUCCUGUUGUAGCUCUUCAUAACAAUUCCUCGGAGCAGGUUUGUGAUGUGAGUGACAGUCUCCCGCAACUCCAUGUCUCCCAGCUGGAGUCUCUUGAUCUCUACAUGCCUGGCAGAGAGAACUCUCUGGGAAUAGAGAUACCGGCCCAGGCCCGCUUUGGAGGUGAUGCCACCACCUUCCUGGUACCGUCUUACUGCCAGAGUAUCUGCCUGAACUACAGCGACCUUCACAUCGGAGGCGACCAGGUGCUGCCACUUUCGGCCGACAACAGGGAGCAGGUUGUCAUUGACACCCAGGCGGUUGGUCCCUUUCUGCAGUCCUGUGAUGUACCCCCGCCUGUGGAGGACUCCUCUCCGGGACAAGUGGCUGUAGGGGGGCUUCUGAAGCCACUCAGGGGGGGCUCCAGCCACUGGAGGCAGGGGAGUGGUCGUGAUCGGAGCUUUUGGUUCCAAGGCCGUGAGGGCCCCUUCUCCAAUUCCCUCCUUAAUCACUACCUGGAGCAGAAGGUUCUGGAUCUCUACCAGCAGUACAUGAUGGAGAACAUGGCCAGGGACAGGGAUGCGGACCCGGGCCGUAUUUGCCCAUUAUUGGGCUCCGAGAUGGUCCUGACCAGCUUGGACCAGAUCACCCUGCAGCUGAGCCGGGAUGGGAACUUGGAGGCGGGCCUGGCCAAGGACAUGGUGCUGACCUGCCUGCUGAGGGUGGCUGGAGACAUGCAGUCCAGUGAAAUCAGCACACCGUUCCUGCAGAUCUCCAGCGAUGCAUCCAAGGAGCACAACAACAAAUAUAAAGUGGAACAAAAAUAAGCUGUUUUUUCAUUUCUUUUUUUUUAAUUGUAAUGGUUUAAUUUUAUUUGAACAUGCCUGCAAGUUACAACAGAAUACAUAAUUCUAUUCCGUUCCAUCCGUUCCACAUCUUGUGCAUUUAUUCACUUCCUGUAUUCCAUAUGUGAUUUUUUAAUACAUAAAAUAUUAAUAAAGCAAUGUA